UCCAUGGCAACCACGCAACCAAUCUGCCAAGUCCAAUAGAAAAUCGGCAGAGGGCUGAAUGUCUUUUUUCCCCCUCAAAAAACAUCUCGCCCUAGUUGUAUGCUCUCGUACUUUCAAGCCACCAAGUUCACCCACCGAGGCGGCCAUAGUCAGCCAGAGGGCAUCGUUCCUCGGUGUUUUUAACGGUUGAUCUGCUAACUUUGAGGUUGUCUUUUUGUCUGGAUCCGCAGGGAAGAGACGGGGGUAAGCGAGUGAGAGAGUGUAUGAGUGAGAGAGGAAGAGGGGAAAGAAGAAGCCUCCAUGUUUCAGCUACCCAUCUUGAAUUUUAGCCCCCAGCAAGUAGCGGGGGUUUGCGAGACUUUAGAGGAAAGCGGAGACAUCGAGCGUCUCGGCCGCUUUCUCUGGUCUCUACCAGUCGCUCCCGCAGCCUGCGAGGUCCUCAACAAGAAUGAGUCGGUGCUCAGAGCGCGGGCCAUCGUGGCCUUCCACACCGGGAAUUUCCGAGAGCUCUACCACAUCCUGGAAAACCACAAGUUCACCAAAGAGUCCCACUCCAAAUUACAGGCCCUUUGGCUGGAGGCGCAUUACCAGGAGGCUGAGAAGCUGAGGGGCCGCCCGCUCGGACCGGUGGACAAAUAUAGGGUGAGGAAGAAGUUCCCUCUACCCAGAACAAUUUGGGACGGGGAGCAAAAGACGCACUGCUUCAAGGAGAGGACCCGACAUUUGCUUCGAGAGUGGUACCUACAAGACCCUUAUCCAAACCCUAGCAAAAAGAGGGAGCUUGCGCAGGCUACGGGACUUACACCCACACAAGUGGGAAACUGGUUCAAAAACCGCAGACAAAGGGACCGAGCUGCUGCAGCCAAAAACAGACUACAACAGCAGGUUCUGUCCCAAGGUUCGGUUCGAUCUCUAGCAGAGGACGACGGCGCAGUGGAUCGACUCGGCACCGCAUCCAGCCCCGAAGCUAGUCUGUCCAGCAAAGCCGCCGCCUCAGCCAUCUCCAUCACUUCCAGCGACAGCGAAUGUGACAUCUAACAGCGCCUGAAGGAAGCUUUCGUAGUAAAACUGAGCAGGAAGAGGGGGGGGGGGAAAUCAAGACCGACAAUCUAACAAAACAUUUCAAAAACAGUGCCUGCUUUCAGAUGUAUAGAAUUUUAAGGCUACCAAAUCGUGAGGAGUAUGAGGGAAUGCCUCAUAUUUUUUUCUCCUGAUUAUUUUAACGGAUGACGGACGAAACAAAAAUUUCAAGAUUAAAAAAAAACAAAAAAACAAAAGCCGAAGAGGACAAUAUUUAAGAUGGUCCCAAUUCCCUUUUGGAAGAAAAUGAUUAACGCCUCAAGAUAGAUUUAAAAAAGGAAACGUUUUCAGCACCUGCCCCCAUAUUUUUUUGUGCGUAUUUCAUGUUGAAAAAGACUGUGAUAUUUUUACUUUACUUUUAAAGUUUUAUAAAUAAUGUUUAUUUACUUAUUUAAAUGAUCGGCUGUUAGAAUUUGGUAUUAAUUUGCUUGAUGUUUUUAAUAUUUACCUUGUGCACAGGUGAACAUUAGAGCA